AUGGGAAUUGGUGUACUAGCAAAAGUGGGUAAAUUAAGAGUUUCUACGGAAUGUUGUAUGUGUCACGGUGCGGAAGAAACAGUUGACCAUCUAUUCAUGCAAUGCCCAGUCACCCAGGCAGUCAUGUUUGCUUCUCCCUUAAAUUUUAGCAUAAGCUUUGUGCCUGAAAACACAGCGGCAGUUUGUGCUCAAUACUGGCUACAGAAAGAAGGCCACAUAUAUAACUUCUGCUUAGGCGCAUGUAUGUGGUGGGAUUUAUGGAAGUCAAGAAACAAGGUGGUAUUCGACAAAGCUCCUAUCAAUAUUCCAUCCAUCUUAAGGGAAGGGCUGUACUGGUUCAACUCUCAUUACAACACAGAUGUGCAAGCCGGUGGUCGCAGUAUGCUUUCCCUCGUUCCUUUACAGCACUUUGAGUCACCGCUAUGGUAUCCACCUCCUGCAACCCAUAUUAAGAUCAAUGUUGACGCCGCUCUCUCUAGUGACAAGUCCUUUGCAGCAGUGGCUAGAAAUUACCAUGGAGGAUUUGUUGGCGCUGAAACCAUUCGGUUAAACACAACCUUUCCUUUAGUUGAUGAAGCCCAUGGUUUUGUGCGGGCAAUUCAAUUAGUCGGUAGGCUUAAAGUGAUCGUGGAAGGUGACUGUCAAAUGGUGGUUAUGAUUCUGCAGACAAAAACCACCUCAGUACCAUGGAGAAUUUCUCGUCUUAUUGAUGAAAUCAACAACAAGGCUACCGCCUUAAACUCAGUGGAGUUUCAGUUUGUUCCGAAGAGAGUCAACAAUGUGGCUCAUGAUUUCGCAAAGUUUGCGACUCGACACAAUGUCCAAGAUUGGUGGACAUCUUCUCAACCCCCGUCUGGAUUCUUCCUUUGCUAG